CUUUUUUUAUUGCUGUAUUUGCCACCAAAGAGUUUAUGGACGUCCAACCAGGUACUGCUGGUGAUGGGAAGCUACCAACAAUUGAGGUUUCCUCUUGGCCAGUAGAGUCUAAAAGUUCAAGCCUUGUAGAUGCAGUACUUUGUUAUGUUGUAAAUUCUGACAGUCAUAUCAAUAACAAACCCUUUGUGCUGCUUAAUGUACUCAACUUUUUAAAGGCAUUGUGGCAAAGGGCGGCUCAAUAUAUCAAUAUAUUGGCUAGGUUGAAAAGCUCUGAGAAGUUCUGGAAGCAAUUGUCAAAAUGCAUUUCACUAACUUCUCUGGAUUCUUUGCCUGAUAGCCUGACUGAGAUGGAAGCUCUAAAUCUGGCAUACAAAUAACAGUGUCAAUCUUCCAUAAUGGAAAUA